AUGGAAUGGCUGCCAGAGGACCUGCGUGGCUCUGAGGGGGUCCUGGGGCUUCUCUGGAACCAGCUGACCUAUGCCCUAGCCUGCCGACACUGUGGCAGCAGCUGCCUCCAGAGUCCAGGGAAUCUGAUAACACUGUUUUUGUUCAUGGUUUGGCAGAUCCAGAGGUGGUGGCAGCUUGGGAGAUGGCGGCAGCUUCAGCCCUGGUACUCUGGGGACAAGAUGAGAGGCAAGGGCCUACCACUUCUGUACCGUGUGGCUUUCCUUGAUCGCCUGUGGAAGCAGAAGUCAGAGGAGGAAGAGGAGGCAUUUCUGGAUCCACUGAAGACACAUUCUCUUCCUAAAGAAGCUCCUAUUGGAGAGAAAGUCACUACAGCCCCAUCCCAGCCAUCUUGUAAUUCUGAAGGCCUCCACAAGGUCACAGGCACACUAGAGCAAGGACUCACGCAGACCCCAAACCCUCCCAGAUCCUUCCCCACCUUUCAGAUCUUGACCAACCUGCCUGUGAGGCACACGACAGCAUCAGGGGGCCGCCCACAGGAGAGAAAAAGCCAGUUCUUCUGGGGUCUGCCCUCUCUGCACAGUGAGUCCUUGGAGGCCAUCUUCCUGAGCGCAGGUGGCCUCUCUCCCUUGAAGCUAUCUGUUAGUCCCUCUGUCAUCUUUAACAAGCUUGCCUUCCUGCCUAGAUCCCCAGUAUUGCUGCUUCCCCAGUAUUGCUUCUCAACCCAGCUUCCCCCCCAGGAAGCCCAUACUACAGAGGAUCUGGAAAGGAUGGCCUCUGAUCCUCAGCAACUUCCCCCUCCAUCUUCCCCUCCUGUCCCAUCACUUCCCCUUCAUCUUAACCCCUUUCCCAUGGACCAUAAAAGAGUCCUAUCUGGCACUGAGGCAAAUACACAGUGGCUUACGCAGCAGAGAGAGAUCCCUUGGGUCUCUGGGGAUCAAGCUCUGCACCAACAGCCUAACUUUCAAAGAACCAGACCCUCCAAGUUCUUCUAUUCAUCUGAGGCCUGGUGGAAGGUACCAUGGAAUCCUAGCCUCCAACAACACUUUCCAGACUCACUCUCUGCCUCCCUAGCAGAGAAUCCCUCUAGUCUUCUGGGAGCCCUAACUAGGUCUGAGGCCCCAUGGCAGACCGUGGGGCAAAAGGAGGACCCCAAAAUCCCUGAGCCAGCAAUGCCAGUUACCAGUCUAACCCAAGCUUCUCUGCCAGAAUGCCAGGGAGUCAGCCCUCUUGGAGGCCCUUCUGGAUCUGAGGCCCUCUGGGAAACCAUGAGGCAAAGAGAGAAGCCUCAGGUCCCUGAGCCUGAAAUCUUGGUCCCUUGCCAAUCUGUAGCCCCCUUGAUAGAGCCUCAAGGAACGAGCAUCCUGGGAGUUCCACCUGCAGAUAAGACUCAAUGGGGAACUACAGGACCUAAAGAGAGUACUCAAGCCUUUCAGCCCCCAAUGCCAGGCCCCUGCCAGCCCCCAUCUCUGUCAGAAGCCCAGGAAGUCAGUCCUGAAGGAGGACCUUCUGCAACCAAGGAUUUCUGGGGACCCUCGGGGCGCAGAGCAAGCCCUAUGGCCUCUGGGUCUCCAGUGUCAGCCCUCUGCCCUCCCCCACACCCCCUGCCAGAACUCCUGGGGGGCGGACUCCUGGGAGAGCCAUCUGGACAUGAGCCCCAGCAGAGAUACAAAGGAAAUUCAAUAAGACCUCGGGCCUCUGAGCCUCCAGCCUUUGACCUCGACCCAGGACUCCAUGGAACAAGAUCGGCUUGUGUUCCAUCAGAACCUGAGACUCCAAGGAAGGGCAUGGAGAGUAAAGAAAAUCUUUGGGUCUCCGCAGACCCAGUUUCACCUCCCAGCUUCCCCUCAGCUUCUCUGGAGUCCAUAGGCACAGGUGUCCAGGCAGUCUUGUCUGACUCCAAUGCUUUGAGGGGGGCCAUGAGGCAGAGAGACCAUCUCUGGACUUCAGAGUCCCCAGCCCCUGGCCACAGCCUAUCUCUAGCUCCUGUUCUAGAACACCACAGAAUCAGUCCUGUGGGAGGCCUCACUGGGUCAGAAACUGCAUGGAAGGAAACCGAUCAUUCCAGGAAUUCCUGGGCUUCUGAAUCCCCAUCUCUGGCCUUCAGCACACCCCCAGUUCUUGUACUGGAUUCCCUCAGAGCUAGCCCUAUGGGGGUCCCGUUUGAAUCUGAAGCUAGAUGUGGGGAUCUAGGAGGGAGAAAGGACUCCCAGAUCUCGGAGCUCCCAGACUGCAGCUUACCCCAAGACCCACAUGGAGCCAACUCCUUGGGAGUCCAGCCUGACUCUGAGCCUAUUCACGGGGAUGUGGAGCAGAAAGAAAUCUGCUGGGUUCCUGCGUCCCCAGUGUGGGGCCCCAGCCCACUCUCAAACUCUCACACGAGUGAGCCUAUUGGAGACAAACGUGACGAGAAGCCUGAGGGGGAAACAGUGAAACAUACAGAGAACUGCAGGACCACUGAACUCCCAGCCUUAACUCCCAGGUUCUCUGCUCUUCUACCAGAUCCACACAUUGACCUUGAGUUUGUGAGAAGGAAUAUGCAACACCUCAGAGGGAUCCCCCAGGACCCCAAUCCUCCAGCAGUGGAUCCCCUACAGCCAAUACCUUGGCCUCCCGCCCAAGCUCAAGCUCUGAAGAUUGAGUCCAACCAACCUGGCCUACCCAAGGGAGGGCUGUUAACAGGGGCUAACGCAGAGACUCCAUCCUCCCAGGGUGAGGCUAUCCCAAAGGUGCCCACCUACCCCAGGAUCCAGGCCUGGCGCUGGAGUAAGGAGUUGGAACUCAGGCUGGACAAACUACAGCAGAUCCCUGUUUCCAGAUCUCCAAGUCAAUCAUUCAGCAGCUCCCUGUCCCUGAGCUCCACAACUCAAGCCACCCGGAAACUCUCUUCUUGCCCACCACAGCAGACUCAUCCCCCAAGUCCUUGGCCCCACUCUUCAAGCUGUCAUCCCCCCAAAGCUCAGAGCACAGUAACUCAGCCUGUCCAGGUCCCCUACUGCUAUCACCCCCACUUCUCUUUCCAACCUCAGAUACAAAAGUCUGGCAGGCCAGAACAAGGGUCUCGGAAAGAGCAAAGCAAGCAAGCAAAGACGGUGUACCAGAUCUCACCCCAAGAGUCAUGUGUUCACAUGGAGGUUGGUGAGAACUGCCUGGGCCAGGAAGAGCCCUCGAACCCUGCGGUUGCAGGCUCAGGCAAGAGACAAGACAAAUCUUCAGCUCUAUCUUCAGCCAAAAAGGGAGCCAGCCCCAGGAAACCCAAAGAAGGAGACUAUGGAGAAGCAGAUGCAAGUUUGGGGUCAUCCACAGUUACAGGGGAAAGCCACCCAGCUCAGGCCAGAUUAGCAGAGAUCCCUGUCAGCAGACUUUCACGAAGAUCUCAGCACAGCGACCAGUGCUCUCCACGCACUGCUUUCUCCCCCCAGCCUCACUCCAAGUAUGUAAGUUCCCCAGGUCAGAGAGGGGCAAGGCUGGGAACUCCUGACAUUCUGGCCCCUAGGCACUGUAAGCCCUGCCCUUGGGCACGGAAGCAUCUUUCCUCCUCACCUCCCGCUCCCCUUAACAGCAGUCUUCAAUGGAUAUUAGCCAAGUUUCUGGGUACCCAUGAACCCAUGCCCACCAAAUCCAUCAGCAGAGGAAAGCCUGGUAG